CUGCAUAGGGCAGAAGCUGCCAUAAAAUGCCAAUAUCUGACUGUUAAAUCUCCGCCCUUCCUUCCUUAUCACCCCCUUCUAUAUAUCUGUUCUCCCCUCGCCAUUUUUCUCGUUACGAGACCUUCAAAUCCACCUCUUUCAUGCUUGUACCUGUAAUGCUGGAUUGAAGAUCUUUGUCAAUAUUUAAAGUUCUGCAACUUUUUUCCUGCUCCGCUGUCUGUUUUGCUGAUUAAUUGUUGGAGCGGAGAUUCAAAAUGGCACCAAGGAACAGCCGAGGAAAGCCAAAAGGGGAGAAGAAGAAGAAAGAAGAAAAGGUUCUUCCGGUGGUUGUGGACAUCACUGUGAAUCUUCCCGAUGAAACUCAAGUUAUUUUAAAGGGAAUAUCGACCGAUAAAAUUAUAGAUGUUCGUAGGCUUCUAUCCGUCAACACUCUAACUUGUAGCAUCACCAAUUUUUCGUUAUCCCACGAGGUGAGGGGGCCCCGAUUGAAGGACACGGUCGACGUUUCAGCGCUGAAGCCUUGCGUCUUGACGCUUGUAGAAGAGGACUACGACGAGGAAAGCGCAGCGGCGCACGUUAGGAGGUUGCUGGACCUAGUGGCCUGCACGACCUGCUUCGGUCCCUCGGCGACCAAUGCCGACGCUGCAGCCUCAGCCAGCAAGGAUUCCAAGCCCGAAGCCACUAAAAAUGCGCGUGGUGCGCAUGAUAAGACCACCAUCACCACCACCACCGUCAAACCUCCUACUACGGCCAAGCAACCGCCGGCGUUGAAAUCAUCAACUUCAUCUUCAUCACCUAAGGAUGCAUCUCUGGAGGGAGAAGGAGAAAUGAGCGGCUCCUGCCCUAAACUAGGCAACUUCUACGAGUUCUUCUCUCUCGCGCAUCUCUCAGCUCCUUUGCAAUUUAUAAGAAGGACGACCAGGCAGCAGGACUAUCAGAUGUUGGCAGAUGAUCAUCUUUUCUUCCUUGAAGUGAAGCUUUGCAAUGGGAAGCUGGUCCUUGUUGAAGCUUGCAGGAAAGGAUUCUAUAGUGUUGGAAAGCAGCAAAUUCUAAGUCACCACCUGGUUGAUUUGUUACGACAACUUAGUAGGGCCUUUGAUAAUGCCUAUGAUGAUCUCAUGAAUGCCUUUUCAGAUCGCAACAAGUUUGGGAAUCUGCCUUAUGGCUUCAGAGCCAACACAUGGCUCAUUCCUCCUGUUGCACUACAGUUACCGUCAAUUUUCCCUCCUCUCCCUGUGGAGGAUGAAACAUGGGGAGGAAAUGGUGGUGGUUUGGGUAGAGAUGGAAACAGUGAUUUGAUUCCUUGGGCUAGUGAGUUUUUGUUUCUUGCAUCCGUGCCCUGCAAGACUGCAGAGGAGAGGCAGGUUCGAGAUAGGAAAGCUUUUCUUCUCCACAGUUUAUUUGUAGAUGUUGCCAUUUUCAGAGCCAUUUCAGCAACGCAGCAUGCAAUGGAAAAACUGGAUUUAACCCAUUCUGUUGCUAAUAGAGAAAUUCUUUAUUCUGAGAGACUAGGGGAUUUGAGCAUUACUGUCAUGAAAGAUGCUUCCAAUGCAAGCUGUAAGCUAGAUACAAGGAUUGAUGGAUUUCUGGCCACUGGUAUGGAUCAAAAGAAUCUAGUGGAGAGAAACCUGCUGAAAGGGAUUACUGCUGAUGAAAAUACUGCUGCCCAUGAUACUGCUACUCUAGGCAUCGUCAAUGUAAGAUAUUGUGGUUACAUUGCUGUUGUGAAAGUUGAGGGGAGAGAGAACUGUAAAGUGGAUCCCUCAUUUCAGAGCACUGAACUUCUUAGUCAGCCUGAAGGCGGUGCCAACGCCCUUAAUAUUAACAGUUUGAGAUUGCUUCUUCACAAAAGAAGAGCUUCAGAACACCAUAAGUCUCUGCCUCAUUUACAGACUUCAGAGCGCGAUGAGCUUAGUGCUUGUGAAGAUUUUGUGAAGAGACUGUUGGAAGAGAGUCUUGCUAAGCUUGAGGUAGAGGAGGUUGAACAGGAUGCUUUUGUGAGGUGGGAACUUGGAGCCUGUUGGAUACAGCAUUUGCAGGAUCAUAAGACUACUGAGAAGGAUAAGAAACCAUCAAGUGACAUGGCAAAGAGUGAGAUGAAGGUUGAGGGACUUGGGAAGCCUCUUAAGUCCCUAAACAAUAAGAAGAAGUUGGAUAUAAGUAAUCCGAAAAUGCAGUCUGAGAUUUUGAAAUCCCCUGCCAACGGUGAUAUUGGGGAAACCAAGAAUACUUCACUGCAUUCUGUAGAAUGCGAGCUCGCAACUAAUGCUAGCGAGAAUGGACUUGUGUUAAAGAGGAUGUUGUCAGAUGCUGCAUUUACGCGGUUAAAAGACUCAGACACUGGACUUCAUUGCAAGCCUUUGCAAGAACUAAUUGAUUUGUCUCAGAAAUAUUACAAUGAAAUUGCUCUUCCAAAACUGGUGGCUGAUUUUGGAUCCUUGGAACUCUCACCAGUUGAUGGUCGGACUCUCACUGAUUUUAUGCAUACUAGAGGUCUACGGAUGCGUUCUCUAGGACAUGUUGUUAAGCUUUCAGAAAAGCUAUCACAUGUGCAGUCACUCUGCAUACAUGAGAUGAUAGCACGUGCUUUUAAGCACAUUCUGCAGGCUGUGAUUGCUGCUGUUGCUAAUAUGGAGGAAAUGGCUUCAUCAAUAGCUGCUGCAUUAAAUCUAAUGCUUGGGGUUCUUGAAAAUGGAGAAUUAGAUCAAUCUUGCAAUUUCCAUCCUCUAAUCUGGCGAUGGUUGGAGAUAUUCUUGAUGAAGCGAUAUGAAUACGAUCUUAGCAGCUUCAACUACAAAGACACGAGGAAAGUUGCAAUUCUACGUGGAUUGUGUCAUAAGGUGGGUAUUGAGUUGGUUCCGAGGGAUUUUGAUUUGGAUUCUCCAAAGCCAUUCCGAAAGGUUGAUGUUGUCAGCUUGGUACCAGUGCAUAAGCAAGCUGCUUGCUCAUCUGCGGAUGGAAGGCAAUUGCUAGAAUCAUCCAAAACAGCCCUAGAUAAGGGAAAACUUGAAGAUGCAGUCAGCUAUGGGACAAAGGCUCUUGCUAAGCUGAUUGCUGUUUGUGGCCCCUACCAUCGCAUGACAGCUGGAGCUUACAGCCUUCUUGCUGUUGUUUUAUAUCACACUGGGGAUUUUAAUCAGGCCACAAUUUACCAACAAAAAGCAUUGGAUAUUAAUGAGAGAGAACUAGGACUCGAUCACCCAGAUACAAUGAAGAGUUAUGGGGAUUUGGCUGUGUUCUAUUACAGACUUCAGCAUACAGAACUGGCUCUUAAGUAUGUAAAACGAGCGUUGUAUCUCUUACAUCUUACAUGUGGCGCAUCUCAUCCUAACACUGCUGCAACAUACAUCAAUGUGGCUAUGAUGGAGGAAGGCCUGGGAAAUGUCCAUGUUGCUCUUAGAUAUCUGCAGAAGGCUCUGAAGUGCAACCAAAGAUUACUUGGGCCAGAUCAUAUUCAGACGGCAGCAAGUUAUCAUGCAAUAGCAAUUGCACUCUCGUUGAUGGAAGCUUACCCUUUGAGUGUUCAGCAUGAGCAAACAACCUUGCAAAUUCUCCGAGCAAAGCUGGGCCCUGAUGAUCUACGUACACAGGAUGCUGCUGCUUGGCUUGAGUACUUCGAAUCCAAGGCUAUUGAGCAGCAAGAAGCUGCGCGGAAUGGGGCUCGAAAGCCUGAUGCAUCCAUAGCCAGCAAAGGACACCUAAGUGUAUCAGAUUUGCUAGACUACAUUAAUCCAAGUCCUGAUGUCAAAGGAAGAAAUUCUGUAGCAGUGAAAAGGAAAAGCUGUAUAGCAAAGGUCAUUCCUCCCAACUUUAGACUUGCGCUUCAUUCCCCUGAUGUUUUCCAAGUUAAGAGAAAAUCCUACCAAAAUGUGUGCUCGGGGAGUUCAGAAGAGUCUUUAACAGUGAACUCUAAUGGGGCUUCGGAUGAAGAGAAAAAAGUUCCUGCAUCUGGAGUCAACACAAGUGUUGAUCUUGAAACUAGCUAUCCACUGGUAGAGUCUGAACAUCCUGUCAUUAAUGAAUCAGCAGCGGAAAAGCCAAAUAUUGCAAAUGAAAUCAUAUCUGAAACUGAUGCUGAAGGAGAAGAUGGUUGGCAACCUGUUCAAAGGCCCAGAUCAGCUGGCUCAUAUGGGCGCCGACUAAAGCAAAGACGAGCAACAUUUGGAAAGGUCUAUAAUUAUUUGAAAAAAGAUGUGGAUGCUGAACUGGACUAUGCUCAAGUGAAGAAUGCUUAUCAGAAUAGUAGGUACUACAUGUUAAAGAAGCGAUCAUCCACACCUGGAAGUUAUACAGAUCACCAUGCAUUGAAGAGUCCCUCCCCAGGUACUAAAUUUGGGCGGAAGAUAGUGAAAGGUAUCACAUACAGGGUCAAAUCUGUGCCUUCAUCUACCCAAAUUCCUACUGCUGAGACGUCUAAAAGUGAAUCUCGUGUCAUCAGUUCUCCAUUAGAUCAGAGGCCAAUUUCUUCACCAAGCAAAGCUGAUUCAAACUCACAAAAACGAUCAAUAGUUAGUCUUGGAAAGUCUCCCUCCUAUAAGGAAGUAGCGCUGGCUGCCCCAGGUACUAUUGCUAAGCUAGAGGUCGUGGUAUCCCAAAAUGAUGUACCAGGGAACAAGGAACUUGUUGAAAAAUAUAAAGAGGUAAAAAAUGAUGCUGAAGAAAAUGAUGAAUUAGCAACACCGGAGGCAGAAAAUGUCAAUGUAGAGAACAAUGAUAAUUCUAUUUUGAAUUCUAUGGAUCUCUUAAAACACGAAGUUGAAGUUGUUGAGAGUAAAGAGAAAAUGGAGUCAAAUAAUGCAGUGGGUGAUGACUCUUCUGUGAUUAUGUCUGAAAACCAGGAAGAUUUCAAAUCCGCCAGUAAUGAGGUUAAUGGAGUGGUAGAUGAAAGCAUCCAAUUGAAUGGCUUGCCAAAUUUGGUUGACUUGCCAAAAACUGAGCUAUGUAAGAAGGAUUUGUCUGAAAGUUUUGAGCCACCCAAAAAUAAUUUGAACUUCAAUUUACGAGGAGUAGAGGAUUUGAAGGAAAAAUUCUCAGUUGAAAAUUCAGUUCAAAAUUUAGGUGAUACUCAAGAAAUUCCAAACAGGAAGUUGUCUGCGUCAGCAGUUCCAUUCAAUCCAUCAUCAGAAAUUGCUCGUGCUGCAUCUGUGCCCAUGAACCUAGCUAUCCCUUCUGGUCACGGUGCUGUUCCAGCUGUUGCCCCUUGGUCACUAAACAUGAGUAUUCACCCAGGCUCUUCUACCGUCUUACCCACGGUAAAUGCAAUUUGCUCGCCUCACCACCCAUACCCAUCGCCUCCCUCAACACCAAAUAUGAUGCAUCCAGUGCCAUUUAUAUACCCUCCUUAUCCUCAACCCCAGGCAGUAGCAACUAGUACCUUUCCUGUGACAAGUAGACAAUUUCAUCCCAAUCAUUUUGCAUGGUCCUGCAAUAUUAGCCCGAACGCAGCAGAAUUUAUUCCUAAUAAUGCUUGGCCUGGCUGCCAUCCAAUGGAGUUAUCUGUGUUGCCAAGUGUCGUUGAUCCAAUUGCUGAUCCCGCAUUAGAACCGGCCAUGCAAUCUGAUAGCUCUGAAAGCCUGAGCUCAGCUCCCGUUCAGCCAGUGAACAUUGACACUGGGGAAGAAGCCAAGACAGAAGUGAAUUUAGCAUCAGAGACAGCAGAUAAUGUGAAUAAAGUUGGUGGUGUAGUGUUGGAAAAUGAGAAGGAAAAUGGUCAUUCAAAUCCAUGCAGGCUUGAAAGUGCUGAAAAUGAACUGAAUCACAGUAAUGGUUCAAAUGAGAAUGAGCACACUGGUAGUAGUGGUGAGAAUUCAAGGAAACCUUGGAAGACUGAUGGUGAGAAAACCUUCAACAUUUUGAUAAGGGGGAGAAGAAACCGAAAGCAGACUCUGAGAAUGCCAAUAAGUUUGCUUAGCAAACCGUAUGGUUCACAAUCUUUCAAAUUGAUAUAUAGCAGGGUGGUCAGAGGGGGCGAAGCUUCCAAAUCUACUGGCUUUUCUUCAAGUGUAGAAGAAACAGCUAUUGCUGACUAAGCUCAAGCUUUGGUAGUGUUGUUGCAUAUCAAAUAUAGCAGGAUGACUGAGAAAGAGGCAGAAGAUAAUAUCUAGUUCUGUCAUGUACCAUGGAAACCAGAGCCUUGGAUUUUCUCUCAAUUUUUUCAUUACUUCCUGAAGAGUGCAGAUGCUUUUUAUUCGAUUUGGUCCCUCAGUCCGCACACAAGUGUUGAUGGAUGAAUUGAAGAAUAUUCUUUUCCAGUCUAGGUUUACAAUUGGAAACCUAAUUUUGGGGCUUCAAAGGAAAAGGUGUUUCUCGGGUGACAACACUGAUUCUUGGAAAAUUUUGAUGCUUCAUUUCGCAUCAUUCGGAUGCUGAAUAUCGAUUUUGGAUUCGAAAUGAGCUAGAUAGAUAAUUAAUUAUUAAUUCAAUUUAAUUGUACAUGACUUUAGUUUUUCUUUUUCGUAUUUUUUUUUAAUUUCUUUCUGGCUUCUGACUACUGUCAAGACUUGUUGUCUUUGUUGUAGCUGGCUAGUACCCUGCCUGUUGCGUGCUUUUGAAAUGCGACAGUAUUUUGCCUAAACGAAUAUCUAUUUAUAAGGUUCUCUGAAACUUGUUUUUCAAAUCAAUUACAACCCAGAGAACAAUAGCAUAUUCAAUUCCUAUCUUGUAACAA